AUGGCGCCCGUGCCCGGCCUCCUGUACGUGACCAUGCAGCCGCACGCCGAGCUGCCGGACUCGGUGUUCCACGACUGGUACAACAACGAGCACGGCCCGACGCGCCUGCGCCUGCCCUUCGUCACCAACGGCUUCCGCUACCGCGCCGCUGACCUUGACGGCGAAAAUGCAGGCUCCAAGGAGAAGCCGGAAUGGGUCGCCCUCUAUGACAUUCCGGACAUGAACGCCCUCAACUCCGAGGCCUACCUCGCCCUGCGCGGACCGCCGCUGAAGAGCGAGCGCGAGGCCGCGACCAUGAAGAAGAUCCACGUCGACCGCCGCGUGUACGACCUCGUGAGCGACAAGAAGAAGGAGGGGUACAAGGACCUCGAGGACGUGGACGCGGAGGGCAAGGUCGGCGGCGUGCUGGUGUCCGUGACGGCAAUCCUCAAGCCAGGCGCGGACGAGGAGGAGUACAAGCGGUGGUCCGAGGAGGAACACGCGCCGCUGCUCUCCAAGGUUCCCGGCUGGAGGCGGUCGCGGCGCUUCAAGUACUCGUCGGUGGUGAAGCCGCUCGGGCCUGCAGAUGAGAUCAAGCACAUCGAGUACAUGGCGCUGCACGAGUACGACCCCGAGAAUGGGCUGGGCACCUCGCCCGAAUUCAAGGCCGCCACGACGACGCCGUGGACGACCAAGGUCAACACCGAGAUCGUAGGCUCGAAGAAGCGCCGCGUGUACAACCUGACAUACACUUUCGGCCCCGCGCCGCGCUACCUGUCCUCGCUGGCCGCCGGCGCCGUGCCCGAGUUCAAGCACCCGGACGGCGUCACCAGGACCAUCCCUGCCACGAACGGCGCAGCGGCAGCCAUCGAGUCCUACAUCACCACGCCGGACGGCGUGAACCUCGAGUACCGGCUCGACGGCUCCGGCGACGUCCACGCACCCCUCAUCAUCCUCGUCAACUCCAUCCUGACCGACUACCACAUCUGGGACGACUUCGUCGCCGCCUUCCUCGCCGACCCGGCCAACAGCCACUACCGCGUGCUCCGCUACAACUCGCGCGGCCGCACCAGCGCCUGCGGCACCACCCCCGUCACCGUCGACCUACUCGCCAGCGACGCCAUCGCGCUGCUCGACGCCCUGCGCGUUCCCCAGGCCGCAUCCAUCAUCGGCGUCAGCCUCGGCGGCGUGACGGCCCUCGCCGCGGCGCUGCGGCACCCUGCGCGCGUCGCCUCCUUCAUCGCCUGCGACACCAACCCCGUCGCGCCGGCCGCGAACCCGCAGCUGUGGGCGGAGCGCGCCGCGGUAGCGGAGAAAGAAGGCGCGACGGCCGCGACGUACGGCGGCGCAAAGUCGCUAACCACCGUCGCCGCCGACGACGAACCGGUGAUAGGCGACCAGCUGGCCGAGGUGACGGUGCGCCGGUGGUUCGUGCCGCAGUCGUACGACGACGCCGCGCUGGCGCCCAAGCUGCACGCCGUCAAGGCCGCCGUCGAGCGCAACAGCCUGCACGGCUUCAAGACGGCCGUGCGCGCGCUGUACAGCUACGACUACGCCGAGGAUAUGAAGAAGGGUACUGUGCCUGGCGCGUUCCUCGUCGGCGCCGGCGACGGCAAGUUGCCCGAGGGCAUGAAGAAGAUGCGGGACAUGUACGCGGAUGGCAAGGGCGCGUACUACCUCGUGCAGGAUGCCGGUCACCUGCCCAUGGUCGAGAAGCCCGACGUCGUCAAGGGCCAUGUGACGGAGUUUUUGAGGGCGAAUGGGUUGUAG